AGGCCACUUCUGCUCUCACUGGGUCCCAGCUUUCCUCUGGUGCUGGGGGCUGAGUGAGGGAGCUCAGCCUGGCACCGGGAUUUUCAGCCACAAAGCCAAGCUGGGAGCAGUGGGAGAGCUGUGUGAGCUCCUGCCUUACGAUGAGCAUCGUGCCAUGUUCCUCGUGCAGUUCGCAGGUUUAAACCACCUGUCCUUUGACCCUGCCAGCACUGAGUCCCUGGGGCUUGAGAGCCCGGCUGAGGAUGGAAGUGACCCGGGGAAGAGGAAGAGGAGCAGCAUUCCCCCAGAUGGUGGCAGAAAUCUGAGCCUGGACUCCGUUCUGAUGGGACUGCCAAUGUCCGACCCGAGCGCCUGGGCCACCGCCAUGAACAACCUGGGCAUGGCUCCCAUGGGCAUGACAGGACAGCCCCUCCUGCCUGAUUUUGAUCCUGCUCUUGGAAUGAUGACUGGAAUCCCUCCAAUCAACCCCAUGAUGCCAGGCCUGGGGAUUGUCCCACCUCCCAUCCCUCCGGACAUGCCGGCCGUGAAGGAGAUCAUCCACUGCAAGAGCUGCACUCUGUUCCCACCCAACCCACAUCUGCCCCCUCCAGCCACGAGAGAGAGGCCCCCAGGGUGCAAGACUGUGUUUGUUGGAGGCCUACCGGAAAAUGGGACGGAGCAGAUCAUCAUGGAGGUGUUUGAGCAGUGUGGGGAGGUCAUAGCCAUCCGCAAGAGCAAGAAGAACUUCUGCCACAUCCGCUUUGCUGAGGAGUUCAUGGUGGACAAGGCACUUUACCUGUCUGGCUACCGCAUCCGCCUGGGCUCCAGCACGGACAAGAAGGACACGGGGCGGCUGCACGUGGACUUUGCCCAGGCGAGGGAUGACCUGUACGAGUGGGAGUGCAAGCAGCGCAUGCUGGCGCGCGAGGAGCGCCACUGGCGCCGCCUGGCCGAGGAGCGCUUCCGCCCGCCCUCCCCGCCGCCCGUCGUCCACUACUCCGACCACGAGUGCAGCGUGGUGGCCGAGAAGCUCAAAGAUGACACCAAGUUCUUGGAAGCCAUCCAGACAUUGCUGACCUGGAUAGAACGUGGGGAAGUGAACAGGAGAACUGCCAACAACUUCUACUCCAUGAUCCAGUCAGCCAACAGCCACAUCCGCAGGCUCGUCAACGAGAAGGCGGCUCACGAGAAGGAGAUGGAGGAGGCUAAAGAGAAGUUCAAACUGGCUCUCUCAGGGAUCCUGGUGCAGUUCGAGCAGAUAGUGGCCGUGUACCAUUCUGCCUCCAAACAAAAGGCUUGGGACCAUUUCACGAAAGCUCAGCGUAAGAACAUCAGCGUGUGGUGCAAACAAGCAGAGGAGAUCCGUAACAUCCACAAUGAUGAGCUGAUGGGCAUUCGGAGAGAGGAGGAGAUGGAAAUGUCUGAUGAAGAAAUAGAAGAUCCAUCAGAGAUGAAAGAAACAGAAGAGUCAGCGCUGGUGACACAGGUGGAGGCGCUGAAGGAGGAGAACGACAGCCUGCGCUGGCAGCUGGACGCCUACCGCAACGAGGUGGAGCUGCUCAAGCAGGAGCAGGGCAAGGCCUCCAGGGAUGAGGACACCACCAAGGAGCAGCAGAUGAAGCUCCUCCAGCAGGCUCUGCAGGGCAUGCAGAAGCAUCUUUUGAAAGUCCAAGAGGAGUACAAAAAGAGAGAGGCUGAGUUGGAAAAAGUGAAAGAAGACAAACUGAAAAUAGAAACGUUGCUAGAAAACCUGAAGGAGCAGCAGAGCAUGGCAGAUGAAGAGGACAAGGAGGGAGAUGCAGCUGACUGCCAGGGGAAUGAGAGCAGCACGUCCAGAGUUUGUGCCUGCAGCCAGGAGAAGGAAUGUCCGGUGGAGAAGACCUUGAGCAACAGCCCUGUGAAAUCUGAACGAGAAGUUCUCUUAGUUGGGAUAAUUUCAACCUUCCUCCACGUGCAUCCCUUUGGGGCCAGCAUUGAGUACAUCUGCUCCUACCUGCAGCGCCUGGACAGCAAGAUCUGCACGGCGGAGGUGGAAGUGCUCAUGACACGACUGCAGAACACGUUCCGGCAGGAGCUCAGUGGCGUCGGGGCCAGCCUGGAGAAGAGGUGGAAGUUUUGUGGCUUUGAUGGCUUGAAAAUGACUUGAGCUUUGACUUCUUGCUGGAAGCAGCGGGAUAUGGAUGCUGAGGAAAGCUGGGAUGCUCCUCCCUCUGCUCCUGCCACUCCCUCACACCACGGCCCCGGGGUACAAAGUGUAAAAGUGAAACCAAGUCCAGAGCACCACUGGAAGAACCUCCAAGUUCUGCAGCUCCUUUGAUCAGUUAUUUGUUAAUGGGCAAGUGCUGUUCAAUAUAUUUGGGGAAAAGCUCCUGCCUGACCCUUUGAAGCACAGCGUGUCGACUCUGUGUUCUGCCAAUGUUGUAUGUGCUUGUGUGCCCAAAUUCCUCCUCCUCAGCCUUCCUUCUGCUAGGAACAGCCACAGACUGUCCUGAACCAACAACAAAGGGGCAUCUUCUGCUUUCUAGAUCACCAAAAGGGGAAAAAAAGCGCAUUUUUUAGAUAUUUCUAUGAGUAAAAACCAAGGUAUGUUUAAACAGAAGAUUUAGAUGGCUCAGGGGCCUCUGAGCCAAGGAAUUGGUUGUUUUUUGUGCUGUUUUCUCUGUUAGCAGUUGAGCUGAGGUGGGGGCAGAGGGGGAUUCUGGCAGUGCCACUCGUGCUCUGGGUCAGUCUGUACAGAACCUUUUACAUGGGAAGGGUGUUUGAUUUUCUGGGGAUGUGGGUGGAGCAGAGCUACAUCAGCCUGGCUUUUGGUGAUUUUUACCACCCAGCUCCACCUGCUUUGCUUUGGAGACCAAGUUCAAGCAGCACAGACUCCUCUGCUCCUGAACCUCCCCAGCACAGUUCCUGUGUUCCCAGUGCAUGCCAGGCUCUCAGCCAGGUCUCAGAGGUGCAGCCCAGCCCAGCCCAGCCUGCCCAGAGCCCUCUGGAGCCUCCUGCCCGCUGCAGCCCCACGUUCCCAGCCUGGUGUCUGUGCAGGGCUCACAGCCAGCCCUGCAGAGCUCCUGCAUCAUCCCCCACACCCUCCUGCACAUCCCAGAGUGAUCCCAGUGCUCUGGCACAGCUCCAGCCCCUCCUGCUUGUUCCCCAUGCCCCAGGUGUUGGUGCCCUUCACUUGGGCUGUAGAUCCCACCUCAUCUUUGGGGGAGAAGCCCCAGUUGCAUUUCCUGACACGUCCCCUGCCCCGCUGUCAUCCUGCCAGGUGCUUCUCCACCCUGUGCCAUGGCCAAGGUGGUGCCCAGGUGAGUACAGGGACAUUUCUGGUGGUUCUGUGUACCUGGCACAGACACCUGGUGUUGUGUGAACCAAUUCUUCAUCCAAAACCCCAAAGUUCCACUGGUGACACCAGGCUUGGAGCCAGGAAUUGACCUGCUGGCUCUGCUUCUCCUCUCACCAUUGGGAGAGAACACUCUGUGCUCCUCCUCCCUUUCCCACUCAUCCCAAGGCCCCGGGGUCUCUCCAGAUCUCUUGGAUUUCUUCCUGCUCCUUCUUCCCCCAGCCCAGUUUAACCAUCCUCCUCCUCCUCCUCGUUGCUGCCCCUGGCAGAGCCUGGCACUGGGGGAGCCGGGGCGGUCACAGAGGUGGGAAGGUGGCAAUGUCACCUGUCCCUGGGGUCAGCCAGGACAGAGGGCAGGGGGUGUGUACUCAGUGAGAGCCAUCCUGGGAAAACCAGGGCAGGAACUGGAGGAAUCAGGACGGUUCCAGAGCCCCGAGGGCAGCCGUGGCUGGAGCAGCUGGAGCCAGGGAAGGCGAGGGCUGGGUGGGCAGGGGCUCCGGGACUCGCUGGCUCCCAGCCCCUGCUGCCCGCGGGCUGCGAGCUGGGCCGGGGCUCCGUGGGCAGCCAGAGCCGCCUCCUGGGGGGCUGAGGGGGCUGGGGCUGCUGCAGAGAGCGGGCAGGUUGUUCCAUGGGGCAGCAGGAGGGAGAGGAGCCAGGAGCAGGAGCAGGAGCAGUGGCUGGUGCUGUGAAAGUGAGUCAGGGCUCGAGCACCCCGGGGUCCUGCUGCUUCCCCUCUCCCAGGGCCUUCCCAGAGGGGCUGAGGUUUCUCCCAGGAGAAUCCAUCCUGCAGAUGGGCUGCUGAGGUGGCACCCAGGGACGGGUGACAGAGACCUGACCUUGGGACCCCUCGUGGGCUGUUGCUCUCCCUGCUCCCAACACUGAGCGCUUGCUGCACUGGGAGCAGAUAGAAACCCUUUAAAAACAUGUUCUCAAUAGUUGUGUCCCUGCAGAUGAAUGCUGUAUUUUUAAGGAAUAAACAUUUUUUAUGGGCA